UCUGGAUGAUAAGCCAAUGUUGUUUGUGUUGUACUUGUAUAUCAUGUAAUUUCCGAUAUAUUUAAUAGUAUGACAUUUAUUCGAGCAAGAAAAUGACCCGCGGAAGAAUUACGGCGUCAGUCAGCGACGAACUUUGUUUCGCACUGUUAAAGUCGUUUAAGUUAAAGUUGAUGUUCUGUGUUUUAUCAUUAUAACGAAUGAACGAACGAAUACGUUGUUUCAUUAAUGUUCACGUGUUUUAUAAGUUAAUUCAAACACUUGUCUGUCUCUCCCACUAAUCUCAUUUUUUUAAAAUUCCGCCAAUAUGGGGGCGAUGUUUCGGAGUGAGGAGAUGGCCCUGGCCCAGCUCUUUAUACAACCGGAGGCUGCAUAUUUUUCAAUUUCGGAAUUGGGUGAAAGCGGCUGUGUACAAUUUAGGGAUUUAAAUGAAAAUGUCAACGCAUUCCAAAGAAAGUUUGUUGGUGAGGUGCGCCGUUGUGAUGAAAUGGAAAGAAGACUUCGAUACAUCGAGACGGAAGUUCGAAAAGAUAACGUUCCCAUUCCAGAUUGUUUAGAACUGCCUAAGGCUCCAAAUCCAAGAGAAAUUAUAGAUAUUGAAGCUCAUUUAGAAAAGACAGAAGGUGAUAUCAAAGAACUUUCCGAAAGUGCAGUUAACUUGAAAUCGAACUACUUAGAAUUGAUUGAAUUAAAACAUGUGUUGGAGAAAACCACCAACUUCUUCGCUGAACACGACGAGGGUGGAAUCGGAAUGGAUUCUGUACAUAAGGCUCUCAUUCCUGAGGACCCACAAAGUGCUCAAAUGCGUGGCCGACUGGGUUUUAUUUCGGGUGUUAUCAACAGAGAAAAGAUUCCCGGUUUUGAACGAAUGCUUUGGAGAAUUUCCAGAGGAAAUGUGUUUUUAAGACAAGCAGAAAUCGAAUCGCCCUUAGAAGAUCCGGCAACCGGAAAUGAGAUAAGAAAAACAGUUUUUGUGGCCUUCUUUCAAGGAGAUGCAUUGAAGAGUCGUAUCAAGAAGGUUUGCAGUGGAUACCAUGCAUCUCUGUAUCCAUGUCCAAGCACGGCUGCAGAACGAGAAGAAAUGCUCAAAGGUGUCAACACCCGUUUGGAAGAUCUUAACUUGGUCUUGAACCAAACCCAAGAUCAUCGUCAAAGAGUCCUGGUAAGUGUGGCAAAAGAACUCCAAAAUUGGACUGUAAUGGUGAAAAAAAUGAAAGCAAUAUACCACACAUUGAACUUGUUCAAUAUGGAUGUGACCAAGAAAUGUCUUAUUGGCGAAUGCUGGGUGCCAGUAAAGGAUUUACCAAAUGUCCAAACUGCUUUAUCCGAUGGAUCGAGUAUCAGCGGCAGUUCUAUUCCAUCCUUCUUGAAUGUUAUCAACACCAAUGAGGAUCCUCCAACAUUCAAUAGGACCAAUAAAUUUACUAGAGGAUUCCAAAAUUUGAUUGAUGCCUAUGGGGUGGCAAGUUACCGAGAGGCAAAUCCAGCCUUGUAUACAAUUAUCACUUUCCCAUUUUUGUUCGCCAUUAUGUUCGGCGAUAUGGGCCACGCUCUGAUUAUGUUGUCCUUUGGAUUGUACAUGGUCAUUUGCGAGAAAAAAUUGACAGCACAGAAAACCGACAACGAAAUCGCGAACAUUUUCUUCGCCGGACGUUACAUUAUCUUGUUCAUGGGUAUUUUCUCGUUUUAUACCGGUUUUAUUUACAACGAUAUGUUUUCCAAAAGUAUAAACCUUUUCGGGAGCAGUUGGACCGUGAAUUAUAACGAAAGCACUGUACUGAGUAAUAAUGAGCUUCAGUUUGAUCCGGAAGCCAAUUUCGCCCAAAAACCAUAUCCAAUUGGACUUGACCCCGCAUGGCAGCUCGCUUCAAACAAAAUCAUCUUUUUGAACUCGUACAAAAUGAAACUGUCCAUUAUUUUUGGAGUUAUUCACAUGAUUUUUGGAGUUUUGGUCGGCAUUAUCAAUCACAUUCAUUUCCGUCAUUAUCAUGCCAUAAUCCUCGAAACUCUACCUCAAUUGCUAUUUUUGGUUGCACUCUUCUUUUGGCUGGUGGUGAUGACUCUGAUGAAGUGGGUCAUGUAUGGGCCUGGAAAAGAGUUGAGUUUGAGUCCAACUUGUGCUCCAUCAGUGCUUAUAAUUUUCAUCAACAUGUUCCUGUUCAAAGAGAGCGAAGUCGACGAAGGAUGCGACAUGUACAUGUUCGAUUUUCAGCCAACCUUCCAAAUGAUUCUGGUCUUUGUCGCACUUAUAUGUAUACCAGUUAUGUUGUUGGGAACUCCACUUUACACUUUAUACAAGAACAAAAAUAAAAAAGUUCAUCACUUAAAUGGUAGAAACGGCGACAUCAAUCAAGGAAUGGAACUCCAACCAGAAAUCGUCGAAGAACAUAAACCAUCACCAUCAGGUCAUGGCGAAGAGGCGACCGACUUUGGUGAAUUGUUGAUGCCUCAAGCAAUCCAUACCAUUGAAUAUGUACUUAGUACUAUCUCCCACACUGCCUCAUACCUUCGUCUCUGGGCCUUGUCUCUAGCCCAUGCACAAUUGUCUGAAGUAUUAUGGAACAUGGUUCUACAACAAGGAUUAACAUCAGACUCUUAUAUUGGCGUUCCUAUACUGUUUGUUGCUUUCAUAUUUUGGUCUGCGUUCACAGUAAGUGUAUUGGUCCUUAUGGAAGGAUUGUCAGCUUUUCUUCACACUCUUCGACUUCACUGGGUGGAAUUCAUGAGCAAGUUUUACACUGGUCUUGGGUAUCCGUUCCAGCCGUUCUGCUUCAAAACCAUUCUGGAAUCUGAAGAGGUUGCUGAGUAAAGAAAAACUUCGAUUAGUGACUAUGAUGACCAGUAUUUGAUAAUUAUCUAGUAGUACAUAGCAAUAAAUGUCUUUUGCAACGUACAAUAAAAUAUUUUAAACCGAA